AUGCAAACCCAUCAAAGCACGCCGCCACUUGCUGCGGAUGAACCGGCGUCCAAGCGGACCAAGAGGCCGCGUGCCGCGCAGGCAUGCGACCGCUGCAGGACGAAGAAGUAUAAAUGCGACGAACAAUAUCCAUGCUCGCAUUGUAAAAGUGGGGCUCACAUCGAAGAGAGGAAUCUUCUGGGAAGAUGUGCUAACGAGCGCGCAGAGAAUCAUUUGAAUUGUGUCUAUCAGGGGAAUUAUCGCGAGCGGGAAAGCGGCCGGUCUGCGAGUUAUGUUGUCGACCUCGAGAAGAAGGUUGAGGAGCUGGCCUUGAAGCUGCGGAACGCCGAAGCCCAAAUCACCCACUCCUCACAACCACCAAAGCUGCCAAUGACGCAAGCUCCAGUACCCACGGGAAUAGAAACCACUCCAUGCUCAAUGCCUCAAACGGAAUCCACGCCGCAGGAAUCAUCCAAGCUUCCUGCCGACGCAGCACCCGAAGAGUCCACCGAGAGUGCCGACGACGAAAUCAAGGAACUGAAUCACCACACAAACGGCAUAGAGUUCUACGGCAGUACCUCCUCAGCAGCAAUUAUUGGCCAUCUGAAAAAGGCACGAGAACCAAGAACCUAUGAGGAACCUCAUCCCCGACCGGCUGACUUCUCGUUGAUCUCAACCCUGCAUAACCCGAGCUUCUCGCCGUCUUGUAGCACUGGAGCAAACGCUACAUCGAUUGAGCAGCAGAAUUACUAUUUCGAUCAGGCGCAUGUGUUUAUGAAUGGUUACUUUGAGAACAUACAUUUCAUCCACCCAUUCAUCGACAAGGAGGACUUCUUAGUCCGUGCAAACGACCUCUGGUUCGAUCGUGUGCAUACGCCGGAGCCUAGCUUUGUUGCCUUGUAUCUGAGUGUUUUGUCUUUCGGCGCAUUAGUGCGCGUUUGGGACGAGGAUAAGCUCGCGGGCCUGGGCCGCUUCGAAUGGAGCCGGAAAUUGUUUGGCGAGGCGCAGGCGUAUCUGAACUAUUUGCGAUUUUCGAAUGAUCUUGAAACGGUGCAAUGUCUUUAUUUGAUGGCUAAAAUCUGCCAAAAUGAGCUCAAUCCGAACUUGGCCUAUAUGUAUCUUGGCCUUGCGGUGCGCACAUGCCUUUCUGCUGGUUUCAAUCGAGAGGUGGAAUGCCCCAAGGACCGACGUUCGAGCUGGAUCUCGAAGACCUGGUGGGGUAUUUUCUCACUGGAAAUAGAAAUGAGCUUUUCUGUUGGUCGACCAGACACACUGGGAAUGGAUGAAUAUCACAAUCGUGCCAUUCCAGACCGGGAUGACUCUGAAUAUGCCAUUAUCCCCUGGAUGAUUGACUUUGCCCAGAUUAUACGGCGGGUGUCCGUUCAGAUCUAUCAUUCACGAAUUACGCUCCAGGAGAAACUCCAGCUCGCUCUUCAAAUUGAAAUGGAGAUGGAUCGCUGGCUUGCCCGGCUUCCAGAGAUGAUCAAGCCAGAUAUCGGCGCCUACAAGUUGUCGCGUAGUGCUCUUCGUGAUCCAAAGUGGGCCAGAAGACAGCGGCUUGUGCUAGCAAUCCGAUACUAUAAUGUCAAGAUGCUUCUGUUCCGACCGUUUCUGAGCCACUUCACUCGCAAACUGCGGCAUCCUCCGAACGAAUUGGAAGAAACAAUCUCCAAAGGCCUGGACUCGGCUAUGAAGACGAUCGAGGUGAUACAUGAUAUCUACCGAGUGCACACAUUCUUCCGGUGUUGGUGGUACAACACAACCUACGUGAUGUUCGCCACAUCCACUCUCCUCCUCCCCAUGUCCAAACUCGGCAUGUGCGCGCAAACAAUGCCCCUUCUCCGCUCCGUUGAAAUGGGCGUGGAGAUUCUCGACUCAAUGGACGAAUGCGUCGUGGCGCGGAAAUCAGUGGAAAUCAUAAGACACUAUUUGCGUGACUUCAGAGCGUCCGGCGCACAACAGCAUACUCCCGGGGCAGGUGAUGGGGUCGAGCAUCCGGCGGCCUCCGUUGAGGCCGGGCCUGGCCAGCCUGGAUUUGAAAUCCCAGAGUGGGCCUAUGGCUUUGGGUUCCCGGAUUAUUCGUUCGAAGGAAUCGCUCGGCUGUUUGAUGAUAUUGGGGGCUUGCCUAUGAUAGACGGUCGCGAGCCAUGCGUUCACAUCGUCUGGCAGCCGCCUCAGCAGGAGUUCGCACACCCUUUUGUGAAGCGGGGCAUAUCUUCCGUGUACAUAGAUCCUCCUCCACCUCCCACGCGUUUCCUCAAGUGUCCGUUAUUGCAAUUCAAGGACUUCUUGCAAAUUCCCAAAUUCCCUCUCCGACCUCUCUCUGGAAUCGUACAACAGUUGCCAAACAACCCACCCACCAAUAUGCCGUUGACUUUGCAUCACAUGGGUCUAUCCCAGUCCGAGCGCAUUAUCUGGCUUGCCGAGGAGCUCAGCAUAGACUAUGAAUUAGUCCAUCACAAACGCGAUCCUAUCCUGGCACCCGAAUCCAUCAAAAAGCUUCAUCCAGCCGGCACUGCCCCGGUUAUUGAAGACGAUCCGUCCCCCGUGACUGGGUCCAGAGUCGUCCUGGCAGAAUCGGGCGCAAUUAUCGACUAUCUCAUUGCCGUCUACGGCAAUGGGCGGCUCGCUCUCACUCCCAGGGAUGGUGCAGGGUACACGGGCUACGUUGAAUGGUAUCAUUUCGCCAGUUCUACCCUCCAGCCGGCUGCGCUUUCCCGCCUGUUGAUGUCACAUGGGCCGACCACAGCAAGUCCAGUGGCGCAGCGCCUAACGAAGAAGUUGAAUCAUCUGCUCUCCAUGGUCGAGAACAGACUAGCUGAAACCGGCGCCUACCUUGCUGGCAAGGAUCUGACGGCUGCGGAUAUCAUGAUAGUGUUCACUUUGACAACGAUGCGCGGCUUUUUACCAGUGGAAUACGAUGAGGAGAAGCACAAGCACAUUCUAGCUUAUUUAAAGCGUGUCGGAGAGCGACCUGCCUAUAAGAAGGCUAUGAAGAUUUGCGAGGGCGAGGACUUUGUUCCCCUAUUGAGCGCUCAAGUGGAGCGGUUCUCUCUGAUGACGUGA